AUGCGCUCCUUCGCAACCCUAUACAUCAUCCUUGCUGCUUCGCUCGGCGCCUUCGCUGCCCCUCUCAACGCACCCGGCAACCCCAUCGAUACCGUCAAGGGUGACCUUCCUGCUCGCCAACUCCCCGGCGUUGGAAGCAUUGUCGAGGAAGUCCAAGGUCUUACCGGUGGUCUCGGUGCCCGCCAGCUAGGUGUAGUCACGGACCUCGCCAGUGGUCUUACCGGUGGCCUCGGUGUUCGCCAGCUUCCCGAGGUGCCCGCAGUCGCCGGCCCCUUGACCGGCCUCGCUGGUGGCGGUCUUCCCGUCCGUCAGGUUCAAGGUUUGUCUGAGGUCACUGGCCUUACCAGUGGCCUCCUUGGUGGAGCUCAUACCGGUGGCCUUGGCCUCCGUGCUGACGUCGGUGCUGACGCCUCGACGGACAAGCUCCCAACCGGCAAGGUCGACGGUGCCGUCGCCAAGGCCGAGCAGGAGGUCCCCCGCGACGUCGCCGGCGUCAAGGCUGGUGUCUCGGCCCCUAAGGCUGAGGGUCAGACCGACAUUGCUGUCCGUGGUGCUCCCUCUACCCAGUCGGUCGUCGUCAUCAUCCAGAACACCUGGACCCAAGUUACUCCUCUUUGCCAGAAGCUCCAGUACGUGAACAAGGCUAAUGCCACCGCUGCAUCGGUCAAGCCCGUCAUCGCCGAGAUCCAGACCCACCUCCUCAAGGCUACUACUGACAUGAAGGCCCUCGUUGACCUCAAGCUCGGUGCUGCUGUCCUGCUCAAGGGUGCUGAUGGCGCUGUGAUCUCCAUUGGUGUUUUCGCUCAGUUCUUGGCCAUUAACGUCAUUUGCAUCGUCCGCGCUCUUGCUGUUCUGGUUGCUCACCUCGGCGCUGAUAUCAAGGGUGACAUCAUGCCCCUCGUCUUUGCCCUCGGUGAGGUUGUCUACGGCUUCGUCGCCAUCCAGUUCACCCUCGUUGCAGGCCUCAGCGCCCAGCUGUGCCCUCUCGUGGUGGCCAUCGCUGCCGACCUCAAAGUCCUCGGCUUUGUCCACCUGACCGCCCUCCUCAAGCUCUAGAAUAUAGAAUAUCAAUGUCUCUUUAUCUCUUUUAGCAUCGCAUCUCGUGGAGAAUGGGCAUCCGUAGCAUAGUAGUCUGGAUAAACAUAUAAUAUACAUUCCCU